UCGAGGUCGCUCUCGUCUGAAGAGCUGCGAGACCGUUUGAGGGUGCUCUUGCGCUUUAUACGUGCGGCAGGCAUAUCGAAGAAGAGGUGAGGUAGGGUAAGAGUUGAGCUGAUGGUCGAAAGCAAGCGCCAAUCACAUCCCGGCCGCAUGUGUGAUCAUAUAAACGGGACCCGGGCCAAACAAACGCGUCAACACGCGUCAAUAUGCAGGUCACGCUGCCGUGUUUUACCUGCACGUGCAGAAUCCAUCCAUGUCCGUGACACCUACGGGUCCUGAGCGUGAUGGCCAGGCCAAGUCGCCCAACGCAGUUCCGGAGGGGCCCACCGCGUUCGAACGAUGGCGACGAAAGGCCAUGCUAGCCACCGGCCUCGGCGUCACCGACGACGAGCGCCUAGACUUCCUGAUGGAGAAAACACGCGCCGCCUGCGAGAAGAAAAAGCUGCAACUCAUGGAGCGAAGUCCAUCGGUGAUCUUCAUGAUGCAGCAUCUGAAGGCUGCCGGCUGCACACUACCACCGACGAACAUCAUCUGCGCACCCUGCAACAGGUACUCCGCUGGCGGCUACAACUCCGACCAGGGCGCCAUCGUCCUCUGCCAGGGUGUAUUCUACAACGACGCGCACAUGGAGAACGCCCUGGUGCAUGAGAUGAUCCACAUGUUCGAUCAGUGCCGCUUCAAAGUCGAUUGGUCCAACCUGCGUCACCACGCCUGCAGCGAGGUACGCCGUACCCCAUUUCCUCCCCCGAUCUAG